ACGGGAUUUCAUUGCUUUGCCCUGGCUGUCCCUGCACUCGCGCUCUAGCCUGGCCUCAGCCGGCAAACCAACCAAACCAAAAUAGCGCCGGGGAACAGUGAGCAGAAUGAAUACAACCCUGGAACAGAGUGGCUGCUACAGUAACAGAGAAACACUUUUGAGAUGCAGUGAUGCACGGAGGGAGCUGGAACUUGCUAUUGGUGGAGUACUCCGGGCUGAACAGCAAAUUAAAGAUAACUUACGAGAGGUAAAAGCUCAGAUUCACAGUUGCAUAAGUCGCCACCUGGAAUGCCUUCGGAGCCGUGAGGUGUGGCUCAACGAACAGGUAGAUCUUAUCUAUCAGCUUAAAGAGGAGACACUGCAGCAACAAGCUCAGCAGCUUUAUUGGCUAAUGGGCCAAUUUAAUUGUCUUAUUCAUCAACUGGAGUAUACCCAGAACAAAGAUCUUGCAAAUCAAGUCUCUCUGUGCUUGGAGAGACUGGGCAGUUUGGCCCUUAAGCCGGAAGAUUCGAGUGUCCUACUCUUUGAAGCAGACACAUCUGCUCUGCGCCAGACCAUCACCACAUUUGGAUCUCUCAAGAGCAUCCAAAUUCCUGAGCACCUGAUGGCUCAUGGUAGCUCUUCAAAUAUUGGCCCUUUCCUAGAGAAAAGAGGUUACGUCCAGGUGCCAGAGCAGAAGUCAGCAUCCAGUGGCACAGCUGUUUCUCUCAGCGAAUGGCUUCUUGUAAGCAAACCUGCCAUUGGUCAUCAGGCUCCUUAUGUACCCAGUAUCAACCCACAGGACUGGCUUACCCCACAACAGACCUUGGAGAAUAGUCAGAAUUCUGCCAGAGCCUGCAGUUUCUUGAGCAACGCCUGGGGCAAUCUAAAGGGCUUAGAAAACUGGCUCCUCAACAGUCAUCAACAAGAAAUUCCUGAAAAACCAAGUUCCUCAAAGUGUAACAGCCAUUGUAGCACUGGUUCUUUCUCUACUGAAGUUGAAAAGGUGGAAGAUGAAGAGCUCCUCAAUCAAGAUGAGCUGGAUCUGUCUGAUUGGCUAGUGACUCCCCAGGAACCCUGUGAUCCGGAGAAGCCUGAGAAUGGCAGCUGUGAAACCAGUGAGAAGUUUAAAAUCCUAUUCCAGGUGUUCAAAGAGCCCUACAAUGUGAAUGAUUGGCUUGUCAAGCCUGACUCGUGUACCAACUGUCAGGGUAACCAGCCCAGAGGUGUGGAAAUUGAGAACCUGGGCAAUCUGAAAUGCCUAAAUGACCACUUGGAAGCCAAAAAACCUCUGUCGGUACCCAGCUUAAUCACUGAGGGUUGGCUUGUCCAGAACCGUCAGGACUCAUGUAGAGUAGAGGAAGUAUGCAAAGCCAAUGAGCCCUGCACAAGCUUUGCAGAGUGUGUAUGUGAUGACAACUGUGAGAAGGAAGCUGUGCAAAAAUGGCUUCUGAAGAAAGAAGGAAAGGACAAGAAUGGAAUGCCUAUGGAACCUAAAUCUGAGCCUGAGAAACACAAAGAGUUCCUGAACCUGUGGCUUUGCCCUUCCAGACAGGAGCUAACAGAACAAGCUAAGGCACCUAGAACAGCUGAUUCUUUUCAAGUCAUAAAGAAUAGUUCCCUGUCAGAGUGGCUUAUUGGGCCCACAGGCAAAGAAGGAAGUUCUAAGGAAGUGCCUAGUACUGAGGAGAAAGCUGGCAAAGAAGCACCUAAAAGCUCUGUGGCCACUUCCUGGUGUCCUUUUAACACUGCUGACUGGGUCUUACCAGGAAAGAAAGUGGGAAACCUCAACCAUUUCUCCCCUGGAGAAGAUAAGUGGCUACUUCGAAAGAAGGCACAGGAAGUAUUUCUUAAUUCACCCCUACAAGAAGAACGUAACUUUCGCCCAGACUGUUAUGGCCUCCCAGCUGUUUGUGAUCUCUUUGCCUGUAUGCAGCUUAAAGUUGAUAAAGACAAAUGGCUGUACAGAACUCCUCUACAGAUGUGAAGGGAUGGACUAUUAGAACUGAGCAGCUUUCCUGAAGAUUAUGGCACAUCACUGAGCUGAGUGACUGUGAACUUGCCAACCACCGUGUAUUCCAGGCCUGAAUAGUCAGCUUAGUUCCUCUCCUGCUUAGUUUUGAACUAGUGAACAGAAAUCAUAAAUUAUUAGUUAGUCUGUGAAAGAGGCUUGAUGCUAAUGUGAUUCAUUCCUUCUUACAGAAGCACUAACUUGAUUGACUCCCAACCUAGAAACAGCAUCCUGGUACACAAGCCUUUACCAGCUUCCAUGGCAAACACUAGUUUUAAAAGUGAAAUAUUUCUGUAUCAAGUGUGUUAAUGUGUUCUAAAGCUAGUAAACAGUAAGUUUUGAUUGUUUUUUUUUUUAAGCUGUUUUUCUUGCUAUGGGCUUCUGGAUGAAUGCGAAUGAAUUUUCUGUUCAGUUGAUAUACAGACUAUUUCACACAAAAAAAUUAACCUUGCCAAUACACUAUAUGUUCCCCCACUAAAUGUCUAUUAGUUAUAUUAUGUUGCAAUUUUUGAUAUUAAUCACCAGAUAAUUAGCCUACAUGUCAUUUGUAACAUUUUUCAUUUGAAAGAAAUUAAGCUACUAUAAUCUUGCCUUUCUUUCUAAGUACUUAGUGAGCUCUUUGAAAAGAACUCUUGUUGCAAAACCACUCUGUGGGCAGUCAGAGUCCCUGAAGUCCUAUAGACCUUGUCUUAAAGAAUCCUCAGCCAACUAAAGCAGAAAGGCAAAAUGUAUUAGGAAUAUAGUAUGUGAACCACUCAUCAUCCUAAGGAUUGAUCGGUGCAUCCUGUAUAAAUGGAAGCUGAGCUUGACACCUGGUGCUCUCAACUAGGGAUAAAGUCAAUGUCCUGUCACUUCAAGCGCAGCAUCCUGAACCUCUAACAGUAUGGUGCAGUGACAUCUUGAUUAACAGGCUGUGCUCAACACCUGUGCCUUGGGAGUGCUUACUGAAACUUUGUAGAACUGACAUCCUUAAGAUAGGCUCACAUUCUAGACAGUUUCUCUCCAUAGGAGUAGCAGGAUUUAGGUUUUACAAUUAUCCAGGAUAAUUUGGCUGCUCUCUAUGCCUCUGAACUGCCUAUGCUAUUGGAAGUACUUUUGGGAAAACUUUAUGGCCCCAUGGUGACAUUACCAUACAGCUUUACUAAAGCGCCAAAUCACAGCUGAAAAAGAGCCUCAUAUUUUCUUAUGUCCCCCGGAUGCCACUGAGUAUUAUAAAGUUGGUGGGUAAAACAAUUUAAGGAACCUUCCCAACAUUUUAGGUUGCAGGAAAUUUUGUAGUUUUUUUGAGGUCUAACACACUGUAUUUCACAUUACUAAAACGUAAUUUAAGUUAAUCACAUGAUAAUGAUAUAUAACAACAUUCUUUUGCAUUGAUAAGUUUUGUAUCUUCAUUAAAAGCAUAAUGGCCACAU